AUGUCUUUCGUCAAGUACCUGCUGCCCGCGCUGGCGGCUUCCCAGAUGGCUUUCGCCUCCGACGACUGCGGUAGCACCAAGAUUGCCUCCCAGAGCGAUGCCGACAGCCUCAGCAGCUGCUCCACCAUCGACGGUGAUAUCACCGUCUCCUCCGAGUACUCCGGUACCCUGACCCUGUCUGGUGUCAAGAAGAUCGACGGUGACCUGUUCAUCAACCGCACCGCCGACCUGACCUCCUUCACUGCCGAGUCGCUCUCCUCCAUCACCGGUACCUUCAAGAUGGUCGAGCUGACCACCCUCUCCAACCUGGCUCUGUCCGAGCUGUCCUCCGUCGGCUCCUUGGACUGGAAGGUCCUGCCCGCUCUGGAGUCCCUGAACUUCGACUCCGGUGUCACCUCCGCUGGUGAUGUCUACAUCUACGACACCAAGCUCCGCUCCCUGGACGGUAUCACCCUGGAGACCGUCGGUGCGUUCGACAUUGAGAACAACCGUUACCUCAAGACCGUCAACGUCAACAACCUGAAGAACGCCACCGGCGACAUCACCUUCGCUUCCAACUACGACGAGCUGGAGAUCAUGCUCCCCAACCUCGGCACUGGCAAGAACCUGACCUGCCGUAACGUCAGCAACAUCUCCAUCCCCUCCCUGGAGAAGCUGUCUGGCUCCCUCGGUAUCUACGCCACUGACUUCGAGCGGUUCUCCGCCCCCAACCUGACCAGCACUGGUGACCUGGUGUUCAUGAACAACGCCAAGCUGAACGACAUCUCCAUGCCCGCUCUCAUCAAGGUCAACGGUGGUUUCCAGAUCGCCCGCAACGACAAGCUCUCCGAGAUUGACCUGCCCAAGCUCGAGAAGGUUACUGGUGCCAUUGACUUCAGCGGUACCUUUGACGAGGUCGAGUUCGGUUCCCUUGAGGAGGUCUCUGGUGGCUUCAACCUGCAGUCCACCAACGGCAAGUUCGAUUGCUCCAGCUUCCGCAAGAUGCGCGGCGACAUCAUCCAGGGUACCUUCCACUGCAAGGCCAACACCACCGACCCUAGCACCGCCAACGGCAAGUCCGGCACCUCCAGCAGCACCUCCAGCUCCAGCACCGGCACCUCCAGCUCUGGAGCCGCCGUUGCCAACGGUGUCCCCGUUACCGCCGCCGGUAUCGCCGCCGGUUUCUACGCCCUUGCUCAGCUCUUCUAA